UAUAAAAACGUAAAAAUCAACCACGCGGGUCAAGCUGUUCUUAAAACAAUGUUUUCUCCACAUUAACGGUUGCUAUUUUCAAAUAAAACCACAUUAAAGACCUUAGUCUUUCAAUUAAAACACUAUAAAGCCGUAGACCUAGCUAAAGUUUCCUAUUAAAAUAAAAUAAAGUUUUAUAUGGAAAGAUUUCAUAGAGCUAGUUAAUGAAUCUGAAAUUUGAUUUUGCGUUCAUAGAAUAUAAGUUAUCUGGAAAUCAUAUUUGUAGAGUCUUUAUCCUUUGUAAUUCUGUUGUGAAGCUUGACCAAACAUGAGAGUCCUUAAUUAUAGCGAUCAAAUUUUUGAAAUCCGUUCCAAAGCUCUGACAUGUCAAAUGCUAGAGCAUAUUCUCGAUCGCCCAUCGUAUUGCUUCCACUUCUGAAUACAAAAGCAAACUCUAGCUCUAGAUAAUUUUGUGUCCUCGUAAAUUGAACUAAAUUUAGUUUAUUUGUUUAUUUAAGACAAAAUGUAUUACUCAGAGUCUAAACAUCAAUCUUUCAAAAAAAAAAAAAAGUCUUAAUAAAAUCUUUUUUUAAUAAGGAGAAAGUAUAAUUAUAUUCAAAGUUAUCACAAGCUAAUAAAAAUGUAAACAUUAAUUGAAUAAUAAUAAUAAUAAUUACCUAAUUUCUUUAAAAAAAAAAGAAGGAUCGUGUAUAGCUUUCCUCACACCCUCCAUCCUGUCUCCAAGUUGUCUUGGGACUUAUGCACAUAUAUAUAUUCUUCCCCAUAGCUGAUUGAGAAUUUUCCAGAGCCAUAUUCGAUUGCCAAAAAAAAAAAGAAGAAAAAACUGAAAUCUUUUUUCUCAAUUCGAUCCAAAAAGCCUUCGUCUUUCCUCAGCUUGUUCAUAUCCGAGGGUGAUUGUGCCAUAGCUCAGCCUCUUCUUGGAAAGCAUAGAAAAAGCCUCUAUGGGAGGACCACCAGCUUUAUUUGUGGAUCAUCUGGAGAAUGGACACACCAAUGGCUGUCUUCUAAAAUCCCAAGAUACAUCAGUUCAAAUUGGAGAUAGAUCCUUUGUGAUUGGUGGAAGUCAUGAAGAGAACCCAUUGUUCCUUGGAGUUCAGAUUCAUGACAAAAUCACUAACAAGUGGUCUAGUCCUACUGUUCUUGGAACAGGCCCUAUGCCCUGCAAGGCUUACUCUGCCAUUGUUCUUAAACAAGGACGGAUUCUAGUUAUCAAAAAAGAUUCAGCUUCUGAUGACUCUAUAUGGUUCCUUGAGGUGGACAGUCCUUUUGUCCGGGAACAAAGGAAACUCUUAGGCACUGAGGUUGUUGCUUGGAGCAAAGGAGUGAGAGGAAACGCAGAGAAACCUAUUGUCAUAAGCGGUCCUUCAGGAGUUGGCAAAGGGACGCUUAUAACAAUGCUCAUGAAAGAGUUUCCUUCAAUGUUUGGAUUCUCUGUGAGCCACACGACUCGUUCUCCGAGGUGUAUGGAGAAGAACGGUGUUCACUACCAUUUCACUGAGAAAAAUGUGAUGGAGAAAGAGAUUAAUGACGGGAAGUUUCUUGAGUUUGCUUCUGUUCAUGGUAAUCUAUACGGAACCAGUAUUGAAUCUGUUGAGGUUGUAACAGAUUCAGGAAAGAGAUGCAUACUUGACAUUGAUGUUCAAGGAGCGAGGUCUGUGAAGGCGAGUUCUCUUGAUGCCAUGUUUAUAUUUGUAUGCCCUCCUUCAAUGAAGGAGCUUGAAGAUAGGCUUCGUGCUCGAGGAACUGAAACAGAGGAGCAGAUCCAGAAGCGGCUUAGAAACGCUGAAGCGGAGAUCAGAGCAGGGAAGUCUUCAGGCAUUUUUGGUCAUAUAUUGUAUAAUGACAACCUUGAGGAAUGUUACAAGAGCCUUAAGGAUCUCUUGGGGAUAAAUGAUGACGCUCCGGUGAAUGGCUUAGAAGUAGAAGGGAUCAAUCUUCCAAAGGAGCAUACAGCAACAAAGAUGGAAGAUAAGAUUCUGAUUCAAGAAACAGGAGAAGCAACCAAGAACAACAUGAUCGUGUUGGAUUUAUCUUCAAUUAACGGAGGAGCACCGGGAAGAACAAGAGGGAUAGGUCUGGACACGGUGAACUCCAGCUAACAAAAAGUCUUUUGUUCUUUCUCCGCUGAAAGCUAAAUAGGGAAACAUUGCUUGUUGUUUUUAUUCUUUGGUUUACUGAAAAGAUUUCAAGGCUUUUUUGCGGUUGAAAGGUUUAGUAGAUAGGCAUUGAUGAUGAUGAUUAUUAUGAUGAUGAUGAUGAUUCGAAAGAAAGACAUGAACUCUUUUGAGAGAUGAUGGAGUGAUAUUUUUUUUGUUCUUUUUACUGAUAUAAAGUUUUUGUUAACUCUAAAAAA